CACAAACGCUCAGCCGUCGCUGCCUCUGUCACUUGCCGCUGGCUUCUGUCAUAGUUUCUCUCAGACUGUUUUCCGAACACAAAGUGCUUCGUGAAGAGCGCCCAGAAACAAUGUCUCGCUCCUGACCAACACUGAAUGGAUUAGCCAGCUAUUCUGAGCACUAAUGAGAUUACAACAGAGUCACAACAGACAUGUGUCUUAGCGGCGUGGUACCUUUUUGUCGAGCGUCUUCUCUUGUCAGUCUGGAAAUGGCGCUCAGAAAGUGACAGGCGGAUGCCAGGGAGUAGACGCGCGCGCUCACCUAUGUUGGUUUUGUGGUGUGGAUACUCGUAGAAGUGGCGGACAAUAUGAAGUACCAGAAAUAUAUAACCGUGAUGCAGAUGGCAAUGGGAGUGACAGCCUCCAACAAAGACGACUGCAUCCCUCCGAAGAGAAUGCUGUGGAUGCCGCCUGGUUCAGAGGCCCCCACUGCCUCUGCUGCCGCCGCUGCCGCACCACCAACUGUGGCUGUAAGUCAGGGCAAACCAUCACUGCGCAGGAUCAAGGGUCGCAUCCACAGAAGCAAGAGUCUGGACAGCAUGGAUCUACUGGACGGCAAUAGUACAACGAUGGAGGAAACUGUAAUAUGGGAACAGCACACGGUGACUCUUCACAGGGCUGCGGGUUUUGGGUUUGGAAUCGCAAUCUCAGGAGGCCGUGACAACCCUCAUUUCCAGAGUGGGGAGACCUCCAUAGUGAUCUCCGAUGUACUCAAAGGGGGGCCUGCAGAGGGACUUCUACAAGAAAAUGAUCGAGUGGUGAUGGUAAAUGGUGUCUCCAUGGACAAUGUGGAACAUGCGUAUGCUGUUCAGCAGCUGAGGAAGAGUGGGAAAAAUGCCAAAAUUACUAUUCGCAGAAAGCGAAAGGUGCAACUUCCUGUAACGCGAGGGGGAGAUCGAGAGACUAUGUCAGAACGAGAGGAGGAGGAUGACACUGAGGAAGAUGAUUAUGAGGGUCCAGCACGUGCAGGCGCUGCCAGUGGGGGCACAAGCAGAAAAAACGAGCGCAGUGGCAGCGCUGGACGACGGGACCACAGUGCGUCCCGUGAGAGAAGUAUCUCCCCACGCUCAGACAGACGAUCUGUCGCGUCCAACAUCCCACCUCGACCUUCCAAAGUCACGCUUGUUAAAUCCCGCAAGAGCGAAGAAUACGGUUUGCGUCUGGCCAGCCACAUCUUUGUAAAGGACAUUUCUCCCGAGAGCCUUGCAGCACGUGAUGGCAACAUACAAGAGGGAGACGUCGUCCUGAAGAUCAACGGCGCAGUGACUGAAAACAUGUCCUUAGUCGAUGCAAAGAAGCUGAUUGAGCGAUCAAAAGGCAAGCUGAAGAUGGUGGUACAGAGAGACGAGAGAGCCACACUCCUUAACAUUCCUGAUCUGGAUGACAGCAUUCCCUCAGCUAAUUCGGACCGUGAUGACAUUUCCGAAAUCCAUUCACUGACAUCAGAUCAUUCCCACGAACGCACACUCCACAGUCGUUCCCGUUCUCCUGACAAACGCUCAGAGCCCUCCGACAUAUCCGGCCAUUCUCCCCAACAGAUGAGCAAUGGCAGUCACAGAAGUCGUGAGGAGGAUCGCAUCUCUAAACCAUCAGCUUUGUCCACUCCAGUUAAGAUGGCUGAGGACGUACUUUUUGCUCCGUCCACUGACCAGUCUGGGGAUAAACAGAUCCCACCACUGCCAGAGCCGAAGCCCGUCUAUGCACAGCCUGGGCAACCCGAUGUUGAUCUGCCAGUCAGCCCCUCGGACGCCCCCGUACCCAGUGUCGUCCAUGAUGACAGCAUUCUCCGGCCUAGUAUGAAGCUGGUGAAGUUUAGGAAAGGAGAAAGCGUUGGAUUGAGACUGGCGGGAGGUAAUGACGUGGGCAUCUUUGUGGCUGGUGUGCUGGAGGACAGUCCUGCUGCUAAAGAAGGUCUGGAGGAGGGAGACCAGAUUCUCAGGGUUAACAAUGUUGACUUUGCAAACAUCAUUCGUGAGGAAGCAGUGCUGUUCCUGCUGGAUCUGCCCAAAGGCGAAGAGGUCACCAUCCUGGCUCAAAAGAAGAAAGAUGUGUACCGACGAAUCGUGGAGUCCGAUGUGGGCGACUCUUUCUACAUCAGAACACACUUUGAAUAUGAGAAGGAGUCACCUUAUGGACUGAGCUUUAACAAGGGAGAGGUGUUCAGGGUGGUGGACACCCUCUACAAUGGCAAACUGGGUUCCUGGCUGGCCAUCCGUAUUGGAAAAAAUCAUCAGGAGGUGGAAAGAGGCAUCAUUCCCAACAAGAACAGGGCGGAGCAGCUGUCCAGUGUUCAGUACACACUCCCCAAAACAGCAGGCGGUGACCGGGCCGACUUCUGGAGGUUUAGAGGUCUGCGCAGCUCCAAGAGGAACCUGAGAAAGAGCAGAGAAGAUCUGUCAGCCCAGCCCGUUCAGACCAAGUUCCCGGCUUAUGAGAGAGUUGUUCUGAGGGAGGCCGGUUUCCUGAGACCUGUUGUGAUCUUCGGGCCAAUCGCUGAUGUCGCACGAGACAAACUGGCAAGAGAGGUUCCUGACCUGUUCGAGCUGGCGAAAACACAGCACCCAGAUGGAAGGGAAAAGAGUGAACCCAGAGAUGCCGGCACUGACCAGCGGAGCUCGGGGAUCAUACGCCUUCACACUAUCAAACAGAUCAUUGACAGGGAAAAACAUGCAGUGUUAGACAUCACUCCAAACGCAGUGGAUCGGCUGAAUUAUGCUCAGUGGUAUCCCAUUGUGGUGUUCCUGAAUCCCGACAGUAAGCAGGGCGUAAAGACCAUGAGAACCAGACUCUGUCCCGAGUCCAGGAAGAGCGCCAGGAAACUCCACGAACGUGCGCUCAAGCUCAGAAAGAACAACCACCAUCUCUUCACAUCCACCAUCAACAUGAACAGCAUGAAUGAUGGCUGGUAUGGAGGAUUGAAGGAAAGCAUUCAACAGCAGCAGAAUCAGCUGGUGUGGGUCUCAGAGGGCAAGGCGGACGGUGCUCCCGACGAUGACCUGGAUCUUCACGACGACCGCCUGUCCUACCUCUCCGCCCCAGGUAGCGAGUACAGCAUGUACAGCACGGACAGCCGGCACACCUCUGAUUAUGAGGACACCGAUACGGAGGGCGGAGCCUACACAGACCAGGAACUAGAUGAGACCUUGAACGAUGAUGUGGGUCUUCCCAGCGAGCCUGCCAUCACGCGUUCCUCAGAGCCCGUCCGGGAGGACCCACCCGUCAUUCAGGAACCCCCUGGAUACAGAGGGUACCAGCCCGAGCCGUUGAACCGCAUCGACCCAGCGGGGUUCAAGGCCCCUGCACCUCAGCAGAAAGCAGAGGCUGCUCUACCCCGGCAGCCUGAGAAACUGGCAGAGACAGCGCCCCCUGUUACUCAAGUAAAUGUAGCCGCCCAGAAUGCCAAGGAUCACCCGGUCACCCUCACUCAGGGGGACUACAGCCACGAGGCUGGCUCUCUCUUCCCAGCUCCCCCCGAGCUAGCUCAGCCCCCGCUUCUCGACCCCAACCAAUCCGGACAACCCGGGUCAGAGUCCAAGAUGUACAAGAAGGACAUCUACCGCAUGAAUGAGCCAACGGAGGUGAACCCCAACACUAUGCAGCCCAAAUACAGCUCCCAGCUGCCCCUCUACCAGGAAGACAAGCCAUACAGAGAUUACGACCACCAGGGCUACCACUAUGACGAUGACUAUAACAUGCAUUUUGACAACCGCCCGCCCUCGUAUGAAGAGCAGUGGUCCCCAUAUGACCACCAGACCAUUCCCCAGCAACCCUCUGGAUAUGACCCUCAUGAGGAUGGUAUGAACCGAAAUUACGGUCACCCUCAGACACGGCACGACACCCCUUACGACGCGGGUCGACCUCGCUACGGCAAACCCAGCCCCGGACCCAUCCGGCACGACGAACCGCCCCAUCCCGUUACGGGUGGAUAUGAUGCACGGCCGCAGUAUGACCAAUCCACCUCUCGCUCCCCAGAGCCUCCUAAACAGUACUACGACCCCUCUCAGAGGCCAGCCUACACCCAACCGCAACAGAGGGGACCCUCCGUGACCCCUCCCAAGCCCGAGUCCAUCUCCCCGCCAGUGGAGCCUGCACAUCAUCCUCUUCCUCCUCCUUCAGGAGCAACAGAAGAAGAUCCGGCCAUGAAGCACCAGUCGGUGCUGACAAGAGUGAAGAUGUUUGAGAACAAGCGAUCUGUUUCUGUGGACAGGGUGAGGGAAUCUGCAGAUUCUGGCCUUCGGCCAGUGGACAUGGUGCCUAAACCUGGUGCUGCCUCCGUGCCCAAAGCCAAUUCUUUAAGUAACCUAGACCAAGAGAAGGCCUUCAGAGCUCCUGAGCCCCAGCAGCCCCAGCCUAAGGCAGACAUGGAUGAUAUUAUUCGCUCUAAUAACACCGACCCUGAUGAAGAUGAAGAGUACUACAGGAAACAGCUCUCUUAUUUUGACCGUCGCAUUGACAGUAAACCCUCCCCGCAGCUGACACCUGCUAUUAAGCCUGCUCAACCCCAGAGCCAGCCCGGGUACUACCCAAGGACAGAUUCAGUGGAGAAGAUCAACCCUGUUCCUCCGGUAAACCCAGCUGUCCCACCUCCAACCCUGCCCAAACCUGCUGUGACCCCGCCGCUGGAUACACACGGAUCUCCUAAAGUGAAGCUACCUAAUCAUGAAGACACAGUCCAGAGCAACUACCUGCCCCAGAAGAGCUUCCCAGAGAAAUCUCCUGUUAACGGCACAAGCGAACCUCCAAAGCCCAGCAGCGUUCCUGCCACAUCCAGCUACAACCGUUUUGUGCCCAAGCCAUACACCACAUCUGCAAGGCCCUUCGAGCGCAAGUUUGACAGCCCCAAAUUCAAUCACAACCUCCUGCCUAAUGACACUCAAAACAAAACGGAUAAUGUGAAAGCCCCCAUCAGUAAUUCAGUGAAGCCACAGAGCUCCCCACAACCAGCGGAUCAUGACAGCGGCCUGGACACCUUCACUCGCACCAUGGACCAGAAACCCAAAUACCAGCAGAAUAACACCAAUGCCGUGCCCAAGGCAAUACCUGUCAGCCCAAGUGCUUUAGAGGAUGACGACGAUGAAGACAGCCACACAGUAGUGGCUACAGCACGAGGCAUCUUCAACAAUAACGGUGGGGUGCUGAGCUCUAUUGAGACAGGAGUGAGCAUCAUUAUCCCUCAAGGAGCAAUUCCUGAUGGCGUGGAGCAAGAAAUUUACUUCAAAGUGUGUCGGGAUAACAGCAUCCUGCCACCUCUGGACAAAGAGAAAGGCGAAACUCUGCUGAGUCCUCUGGUGAUGUGUGGCCCUCACGGGCUGAAGUUCCUGAAGCCGGUGGAGCUCCGCCUACCUCACUGUGCGUCUAUGACCCCUGAUGGUUGGUCUUUUGCUCUAAAAUCCUCCGACUCCUCGUCGGGUGAUCCUAAGAAUUGGCAAAACAAAUCUCUUCCCGGGGACCCAAACUAUCUGGUUGGAGCCAACUGUGUGUCUGUACUUAUUGAUCAUUUCUAAGGAGGCCUGUUACUGAUUGAAUGUGGGACCAGAUUAAUUGAAAGAGAACCUUCCUUAUCUCUAACGAAAACACACACUCAGUCUUCUAGGAUGAAGGAUCACUAAAUGAAGAGUCUCCUGUCUGUGCUAAGGCUUUGUUUACUGUAACCAUGAAGACUGCAGGGUGGGUUACAUUCUCUGAAGUGCUGUUUUAAUCUCCUCAUCUUCCUCUUCGGUUUUCUUCCUAUUUUUUAAGUGCUUUACAAGGCUUUUGAGGAUAACAAACAAAAGACAUUAACUUUUACUGGACUGCAUGCUCUGUGCCACUCACAAAAUAUUAUUAUUAAUACACUGUAAGCCAAUUACAAUAUUUGCUACACAUAUUUGUAUUUUUUAAUUGUUAGGUUCUUCCAUUCAAUCUAGGCAGAUGAAAAUGAUAGACUAUAUUAUUCUGCAAAUGUAUUUUCACUUCGUAUAGUAUGCACAACAUAAUGAGUAUAAUGUAUAUCGCGGCUUUUCUAGAAUAUUGACUUCUAGUUUGAGGUUUCGUUCAAGCAGUUGAUGCGUAGAUGUGAUGCAUUGGCUGGCUUGAAUUCUGAUUCGCAGGAUCGUUGCUAAAUAAAAGUUUCAGGAGUGAAUCCAGCGAGAAAUCCUUAAAGAAUAAAGAAUAUACACUUUGAAAUUUUCCUAGCCAAGGACACCGUGUCAACAGAAUUUCCUUUGUAGACUCCUCACGGACCUAUGAACUUUAGCACUGGAACAUUCCUGCUGUGUCGAGAUCUAUGCAUGUGCUUUGACUCAGGUGUGAAGACCACUGCUUUUUCCUUCUCUCUUUCUCUUUUAUUCUCUUCCUCAGUCUCUCUUACUUACUCCAUCUAAAGCAGUGAUGCCUUAUCUGAAGUGAUUCACGUUUUUCAAUAACAAAACCUUUUUGGUUUCUUUUUUGCUAAGUUGUGUUAAUGAUAAAUUAUGAAGAAAUUGAAAUUGUCUUUCUGCCAUUAUGUCAACCCACUGUACAAAAUAAAGCUGGGUGUCGCACACAAGAGCAGCGUAUAAGGCUAAGAACAGGUUUUCUCUUUAUAUCCGCUAUGCACAAGACCUUAAAAGAGAAACGGUGUCAGGAAGGAAGUAAAUUGGCUGUACAUAAAGCUAGCAUAUUGCCUUCAAUACUGGUUUGUAAAUGACUUUUGUAUGUCUUUAUUGUUUUGUAUAAAACUAAGCAGGAAAACGUUUAUAAAAGAGAGCGAACGAAAUGAAAAUGAUCUUUGUAUUCGGGUUCUUCCCUGGAGCCUUGGAACGUGUGUUUAGCAGUAAUAAAAUCCCAUUUUCUACAGAUACUCACUACAUAUACUGUAAGCAUUUUUAAUGAUAACCUUCUUUUUAUUCUUUAUUUACAAAAGUGCUUGAUGUAUACUUCUUCUAAACAGUGUGCUUUAAAUGUGUCCCUCACAUUUAUUUCUGAUACUGGAUGCUUUAUUGUGUGUCCUGAAAUGUAUUUUUGUACUAAUAGACAUUAUAUUAUGGCACACCAGAAAUCUUUUUCUUUAAGCUAUAUAACACGGUUUAGACUGGACAUUAGCUAUUCACGUGUGGCAAAGUUUUGUUUCUUAACACAAUUUCCAAAAUGCCACUGUAUUAAAAAUAAAAUCAUUUUUAAAAUACA